AUGAGGCGAGAAAAGGCCGCUAGCAAGGCGGCAGAGGGUGAUAUCACCCCGCUGCCGACCAAACAGAUCGUGGUGCUGAUGCUCACCCGUCUGGCCGAGCCAAUCUCUUACACCGUCAUCUUUCCGUUCAUCAAUGAGAUGAUAUCAGAGAUGGGCGUCACAGAUAAUCCUGAACGGGUGGGCUUUUACUCGGGGAUGGUGGAAUCAGUGUUCGCUUUUGUACAAUUCUUUACUGUCUAUCACUGGGCCAAGCUCUCCGACCGGAUAGGGAGGAAACCAGUCAUCAUACUCGGCCUCUUCGGAGUCUGCAUCUCGAUAUCCCUAUUUGGUCUUGCGACCAGCUUCCCUAUGCUUCUGUUCUAUCGCUGUCUUUCCGGGGCACUGAACGGGAACGUCGCUGUCGUCAAGGCGGCAAUAGGUGACCUGACGGAUGAUACCAACUCCACCGAGGCGUUUGCGCUAUUUGGUCUGACGUGGACAGUAGGAGCUAUCAUAGGGAACGCGCUGGGAGGAACGUUGAGUCAUCCGUAUGAGCGAUUCCCUUCGUUAUUCGGGUACGAGAUAUUCCGGGUGCACCCCUACUUUCUACCAUGUAUCACCUCUGGGAUCAUCACGCUCAUCGGCGUCGUAUUCGCCCAAUUCGUCUACAUCGAAUCGACCCCCGGCCUCCAACUCUCGUCCUCCGCCGGCGUCAACCCUAUCCCCCUCCAGUCCCGCUCAUCACUUACCCUUCGCACCUCUACCUCCCCUACGGACACGGCAAAGCAACAUCGCUCUUUAUCCUCCAUCUCUGGGUUCAGCGAUACCGAUACCCUCGUCGGUUCCCCUCGGUCCCCAUUACGAAAAUCUGAUGAUCCGGAUGAUACACCGACUGGUGGAAACGACAAGUACGACCGAGAUGACGAGGAGGAAGGGGGCGAUGAAGUAACGCAGUCCUUACUGGGCAAGUACCCGCCUGUACCAUCCCCGACGGGCGCGCAGGCGGGGGAGGAUGUCGAGAUGGCGAGGACGAAAGUGGGAGGAUGGGGCUUUUGGGAAUUGAUGGCUUGGGCGCCGGUGAGGGUCAUGUGUGUGACGAUGUUCUUAAACUCCUUUGUGGGAAGCGCUUGGGGGGCGGUAUCUAUCUUGUUCUUCUUUGAUCCUAAUGGCGGUCUCAACAUGUCUACAUCCGCCAUCGGCUACUCCCUCGCUAUCAACGGUCUCUGGACGAUAGCGUGCCAGCUCCUGCUCUUGAACCGCCUGCGGCGCUGGCUCGGCGUCGGCACCGCCUACAAGAUGCUCACCUUUGGCUGGAUACCCGUCUACCUCCUCCUUCCACGUCUGCGACACCUGCUCGAGGCGCUCGAAACGCCCCUUCCGCCAGAUGGGACGGGCCGGGUCCUGUACUCCAACACCCGGACGUGGGGGACGAGUAUUGGCGUGAAUGCCGUACUGAGCUUUGUGACGGUCGUGGGGAUGAGCAACUCGUUGUUGAUGGUGCUCAUCAAUUAUUCGAGUCCGGACCGGUCGGCGCUGGGCGGUGUGAAUGGGAUAUCGACGGCUGUAGGCUGCAUGGCCAGAGUUGUGGGACCAUCGCUUGCUAGCGCACUGUUUGCCAUCUCAAUGGACGGCAAGGUGCUUGGAGGAAAUCUGUGGUGGAUCGCCAUGGUCAUCUUUGCCUCAAUUAACUUUGUGGCUUGUCUGUCUGUCGCCCAUGAGACGCCUACCACGCGGAGGCAGUCUAUGGAGCAGGCGGUGUAA